AUGAGCAAACCAGUGUUGAAAAAUGAUUUGAUUUUAAGGGCAGCCCGUGGUGAAAAGGUCGAAAGACCUCCCAUGUGGAUAAUGAGACAAGCAGGACGUUAUUUACCUGAAUAUCAUGAAGCUAAAGGUAAGAAAGAUUUCUUCGAAACCUGUAGGGAUGCAGAAACUGCUAGUGAAAUCACUAUCCAACCAAUUGAUCAUUUCAAUGGGUUAAUCGAUGCAGCAAUUAUCUUUUCCGAUAUUUUAGUGAUUCCUCAAGUAAUGGGAUUUGAAAUUGAAAUGCAAGAAGGAAAAGGUCCAGUCUUUGUUGAUCCUUUAAGAGAUCCAAAAGAUUUAACCAGAGUUGAUUUCAAUCCUGAUGUUAAAAAAGGUUUAGCUUGGGCUUUUGAAGCUAUCAAAUUAACUGUUAAAAAAUUGGAUGGAAGAGUUCCAUUAAUUGGUUUCUGUGGAGCUCCUUGGACUUUAUUGGUUUAUAUUGUUGAAGGACAAGGAUCUAAAAUGUUUAGAUUUGUUAAAGAAUGGAUUUAUAGAUAUCCAACUGAAUCUCAUAAAUUAUUACAAGCUAUCACUGAUUGUUGUAUUGAAUUUUUAGCUCAACAAGUUGUUGCUGGAUGUGAUAUGGUUCAAGUUUUUGAAAGUUGGGCCAGUGAAUUAGGACCUCAUGAAUUUAAUGAAUUCUCUUUACCUUACUUGAAACAAAUCAGUGCUAAAUUACCUUUAAGAUUAAAAGAAUUAGGUGUAGAAAGAGUUCCAAUGACAGUUUUCGCUAAAGGUGCUUGGUAUGCUUUAGAUGAAUUAUGUGAAAUUGGCUAUGAUACUGUUGGUUUAGAUUGGUUAUACAAACCUGAAGAUGCUGUUAAAGUUGUCAAUGGUAGAAGAAUCACUUUACAAGGUAAUUUAGAUCCUGGUAUUAUGUAUGGAUCAAAAGAGACCAUCACCCAAAAGACUGAACAAAUGAUUAAAGGUUUUGGUGGAGGUAAACAAAAUUACAUUAUCAACUUUGGUCACGGUACUCAUCCUUUUAUGGAUCCAGAAAACAUUGAUCAUUUCUUAAAAGAAUGUCAUAGAUUAGGUUCUGCUUAA